UAGUGAACAUAAAUAAUCAACAUCCAGAACAGUUUUACGUGAUCGUUUCUUCCGUGAGAAAAAAGUUUCCAUAUCGUAUAUUUUCUGGUAGACUCGCUAAAAGUAAUGUUAUAGGAGUGCGUACGGGAUACAAGUGAAGACAAACAAUAUCAAGAUGUCUCUGAAACCUAAGCGAAUCGAUUUCGAGGCGACCUGGAAUGAUCUACAGAAAACAGUGAAGGAAGUCAUCACCCUUGGAAGUGUUCAACGGGACGUUUGGAGUAGCCGUUUUGUCGAUAUCUAUUCGAUAUGUGUUGCCCACCCAGAACCAUUGGCAGAUAAAUUGUACAGUGAAACUAAGUUCUUCCUCGAAGAUCAUGUACGCUGUCUAUUGAAGGAUAAGGUCAAUCCUUCAUCUUUGCCAUCGAAUGUUAGUAGUGAGCCGUACGGUUUGCUGAAACGUUAUUAUGAUGCCUGGGUAGAAUAUAGCAAAGGUGUCGAGUACCUCAACUAUCUGUAUUUGUACUUAAACCAGCAGCACAUUAAAAAGCAAAAACUUUCGGAAGUGGAGGUUGUCUACGGCUGUGUCGGUCAUGAUUCCUAUGAGCAGCUUGAAGUUGGCGAAUUAGGACUAGACAUAUGGAGACAGCACAUGAUAGAAUGCUUAGGAUCAUCGCUUGUUCAACAGUUACUUGAGGGAAUAAAAACUGACCGUCUAAACCAGAACCAACCUUCCGAUAUGACCAAUUAUAUUAAGGGUACUAUACAAAGCUUCGUUAGUGUAGAAGAAUACAAGAAAAAGGGAGCUUUACAGCUUUACCAACAAAUGUUUGAAGCUCCUCUCCUGGCGGAUAGCGGCGAGUUUUAUAAAUCUGAAGCUAAUAUACUUCUACAGGCUUGCACAGUUAGUAGUUAUAUGGAACAGGUUAUUAAAAAAUUGGAAGAAGAAAACAAACGUGCUUUGAAGUAUCUCCAUGCAAGUUCGAUUCCGAAAAUGCGCAAAGAAUGUGAACAGAGAAUGAUAACUGAUCAUUUAGAUUUUUUGUACUCUGAGUGUAAUGAUAUGGUUUCUUCCGAGAACAGAAAAGAUCUUAGAAACCUCUACACUAUAUUGAAACCAAUACCAGACGCUUUAAAAUUGCUCGUACAGACUUUCUUGGAGUACAUCAAAGGAGAAGGCAUCAAAAUGAUAUCGACAUUGAAGGGCGAAACGGUUCAUGUGCAGUUCGUCGAAGGUAUGCUCCAGGUUCACGAAAAAUACGAAGAGUUAAUAUCGGACACCUUUAAAUCAGACCCAUUGUUUCUCAGUGCACUUGAUAAAGCUUGUUCAAUUGUUAUAAAUUCUAAAAUAUGUGAAAAUCAACCGUCUAAGAGUGCAGAGCUUGUGGCUAAAUAUUGUGACAGCUUGUUGAAGAAAUCGAAAACCACAGAAAGCGAAAUCGAUACAAAACUGACUAAAAGUAUAACUAUAUUUAAAUACAUUGAAGAUAAAGAUGUAUAUCAAAAAUUCUACAGUAGAAUGCUGGCAAAAAGAUUGAUUCACGAGCAAUCACAAAGUAUGGAUGCUGAAGAGAUGAUGAUAAACAAAUUGAAACAGGCUUGCGGGUACGAGUUCACAAACAAAUUACAUCGAAUGUUUACGGAUAUAUCUGUAUCAGGAGAUCUGAAUGUCAAGUUUAAUCAUUAUCUCAAAAAACAAAAUGAAGAAAUAGGCAUCAAUUUAUCAAUCAAAAUAUUACAAGCUGGAGCGUGGCCGCUUGGCCCAACACAAGUAACUGCAGGGUUUGCGGUGCCACGUGAAUUUGAAAAACCGGUACGCCUGUUUGAGAAUUUUUACCACGUAAACUUCAGUGGCAGAAAGCUGAGUUGGCUACACCAUUUAUGUCACGGAGAAUUGAAAAUAACUUUCGCCAACCGGAACUACAUUAUCACCAUGCAGACGUACCAGAUGGCGAUUCUACUACUUUUUGAAACGGUUGACCACAUGGGUUACAAGGACAUCCAAGAGUCGUUGCAACUGAAUGGUGACAUGCUGCAAAAGCAUAUAGCUAGUCUUGUUGAAUCUAAGCUUUUGCUUGUUGACACUGAGAAUGUGGAUACCAAUUCAAAGCUUUCGCUGAACAAAGAUUACACAAACAGGCGGACUAAAUUCAAAAUUACGGCAGCAUUGCAGAAAGAAACACCUCAAGAGAUUGAAAACACUAUCAACUCUGUCGACGAAGAUCGCAAAAUGUAUCUUCAAGCAACAAUAGUUCGGAUUAUGAAAUCGCGAAAAGUUCUUCGCCAUAAUGCUCUGAUUCAAGAGAUUCUCUCUCAAUCGAAGGUUAGUUUCGCACCGAGCAUAGGCAUGAUCAAGAAAUGUAUCGAAUCCUUGAUUGACAAACAGUACAUUGAGCGAACCCCCAAUUCCGGAGAUGAGUACAGCUAUGUUGCCUAAGUGAUUAAUAUCGUAAGAGGACAAAUGUUCAUGCUCUUACGCUGUGUUGAAUAAAACAUAUUAACGUAUAUA